GCGCAUCUCUUCUGGGAUUCCAAUGGAUUGGCGGAGGACAAUUCUGCAGACGACAAUCCAUUCGCAAACUAAACAAUUAUCAUGCAUAUCUCUCAUUCGCAUUGAUUACAAUUGAUGAAUAUUGUCUUGUAGAAAAAAGAACUCAAGAGAAUCAUAAAAAUAUAUAGCUCAGCUAAUUGCAGAAGACGAAUCAUCGGAAUUCUACGGAUGAAUCCUCAUUCAAACCAUCUUCGCACUAUUUUUUCAUUCACCCCUCAAAUCACAGAUGGCGCAUAUUUGAGAUUUUGUUUGAAAAUUUUCAACGCGUGGAAAAUGCUGGGUCUUUUGCGUUCAUCAUCCGUCAGGAAAAUCGGAAGUACCUCAAGGAGUUGGAUUGAUAUGGCAGGAAGGAAGCUUGACGCCCCUGAAGACUUGAAAUCAGCGGCCAUGGAGAAGAUCACUGAAUCCGUGGUAGAUAUGGCCGUGCACGCUCCAAUGCCAAAUCCUCCGAAAGGACCAGAUCGACAGAAUUACGAAAUGAAGGAGGCCUUCAGGAAGUUCAAGGAGAAGCAGAAGAAAUUCCAGAAGAACGACGGCUUGCCGGUGUUCCUGAAAGCUGGCCUGCGCGAUCGCAUCCUCUUUGGGCUGACCGUAGGACUCGCCAUGUUGGGUCUGGGAUUGCAAGUGAAAUUCUACACAAGCCUUAAAUAA